AAGUUUAGGUUCUUGUUUUACCUUAGUGGUUUUAUGUCGGGCAGAAUUCGUGGAGUACCAACAUCCGGUUGAAACAAUUUGAUUUUGUAGUUCAGAAGAAAACAAUUCUGCCACACAUCGGCAUGGACGGCAGCAGUAGCAAGCUAGUUAUGCACAACAUUACUCUUACUACUAUUUUCUGCAUCGUAUAUUUUAAAUGGAUCACUUCGAGGAAGAUUUAGUCGCUGCAUUAAGAGAAAUUGUCAAAGACGGAAACUGGCAAUGUGUAGGAAAGAAGUGUGAUUUUGACUCACCAUGCACAAAGCUGUACUCUGAGGAUGGUGAACACAUUGUCCUGGUUCACACAGAAGAUGACAGAUUCUGGGCUAUGGAUUCAUCCUGUCCCCAUGAAGGAGGCCCUCUUGAUCUCGGUGACAUUGAGGACCUGGGAGAUGGGAAGAGGGUUCUGGUCUGUCCCUGGCAUCACUUUGACUUCUGCCUGGAGACAGGUGCCUCUUCCAUGGGACUACAGGCAUCUACAUGUGACAGCUUUGCAAGAGGUGUGAAGACAUUCGCUAGGCAAUGUACUAACCAGGUGUAUGAGGUCAGAGUUGUCCAAGACAUGAUUUAUAUCAACACACAGAAUGAGCUGUGUCUAAGUCCCAUCCCAGAGACAGACACAUCUAAUGGCAAGUUGUCAGUAGAUGAUGUCGAGCCAUCACCCUCUGAGGACACACUGUGCUUCUGGGCUACAAAGAUCCUCUGCACACCAGACCCCAAAGAGAAGGUAGCCAUGACGCUGGAGGUCCAGGAGAGGUGGAACAGUGGGGAGAUCACAGAGGUGGGUCAGGCUACACCACCUGUCCAGCCAAGCAGGAAGGAGAACCUGACCGUACUGCAGCCGGGCAAAAUCAAGCGUGGCAAAGGUGGCACACAGGCUAGCAGGAUAGCCCUCCUCCACUCCCUGGCUAACAUAGAGCAGUGGGCUAUAGACUUGUCCUGGGACGUCAUCGCUCGCUUCUCAUCGGUCAGACUGGACACUGGAGAGCCCCUGCCCCGCCAGUUCUUCAGCGACUUUGUCAAAGUGGCCGGAGACGAGGCCAAGCAUUAUCACUUACUAGAGACGAGGAUCACAGAACUCGACAGCUUCUUUGGUGCGUUACCUGUUCAUAAUGGACUGUGGCAGUCAGCAACGGAUACGUCCCACGACCUUCUGGCGAGGCUAGCCAUUGUGCAUAUGGUACAUGAAGCCAGGGGCCUAGAUGUGCACCCCCAGACCCUCUCCCGCUUCGCUGCCCAGGGGGACUGCAGCUCUGUGGAGGUGCUGGAGGUUAUCUACCAGGAUGAGAUCACUCACGUGGCCGCCGGGCUCCGCUGGUUCACCUACAUCUGCUCACAGGAAGAACGGGAUUGCUUAUCUACUUUCCAUGACUUGGUGAAGCAGCACUUCAAAGGUUACCUGAAGCCUCCUUUUAACACAGAGGGUAGGAAGACAGCAGGGAUGACAGAGGAGUGGUACGUGCCUCUUGUAAAGCCUCCCAGCUAACAGACAAUGUCCCCCGAGACCAGCAUGCUGUGACGAACACAGUUGUAAAGCCUCCCAGUUAACAGACAAUGUCCCCGAGACCAGCAUGCUGUGACGAACACAGUUGUAAAGCCUCCCAGCUAACAGACAAUGUCCCCCGAGACCAGCAUGCUGUGACGAACACAGUUGUAAAGCCUCCCAGUUAACAGACAAUGUCCCCGAGACCAGCAUGCUGUGACGAACACAGUUGCUGCGUCCCAGUGGGUGGGGGAAGCAGAUUCACACCAAAUCUCAUAACACCUGGAUGAAGGUCAAACUGUUACUAUUAUAAAGGUUUAAACUCAAACAUGUCAGUAGCCGUAUCAAUGUGGUAUUGCAAUCUAAUAUCUGAGCCCAAUGUAGAUGACGUGGCAUUCGAUCAUUGGUUAAUUUGUGCAGUGCGACUGCAAUGUAGUCGGCCUGGAACGGCACCAUUUAGUCCCCUGGGAAGAGUACAUCUCUAAAACAGACCCCACCAUCUCUACAUCACUACAACUGUGAUAAAUAUUACAAAGUCCAAUGCAUAAUAUGGUAAUGGAUAAUGUCAUAGAGCAAAUGACAAAGGCAACAGAACCUUGUAAAUGUUUAUUUAUGCAAAUACAACUGUUAUUUUGGUAGUCUAA